AUGUUGGACGAGCGAUCGGAGCUCGAGACGCUGCGUGAGAUUUAUUACCUAACCGAUGGUGCAUCCGGAAACUGGCGAAAGUUGCUCGCCCUGGGCGACUGCCUGGACCAGCAGCUGAAGCGCAAGCUGCUCUGGAUGUGGCCCACUUCGGUGGACUUGGACUACUUCAAUCAGCUUCUGGCCAUGCACAAUAUCCAUCGCAUUUUGAGCAUAGGCUGCGGCAGUGGGCUUCUGGAAUGGCUGAUGACUGCAUCUGGUGGGAGGAAAGUGUCCAUGUUUGGCCUAGAAGUCGACCGCAACUGGUGGCAGAGCAAGUACUCCGUUCGCAGCUUUAUACCGCUCAACUACGUGGAGGAUGCAAGCCAACUGGACACGGAUUUGUUAACCAGCUGCUGCAAUGAUGAUGCUCCUUGUGCCCUGCUCUUCUGCUACUUUAACAACCGCGAAGCGUUCCUCGACUACCUUAAAGUGUUCCGCGGAAAGUGGCUGAUACUUAUUGGACCACUGCCAGCCCGGGGUAUUCACACGGAUCCCAAUCCUGUCCAGCCCCAGCUGCCAGUUGACCAGUGGACCCUCCGAGAACGCCUCAACUGGACUGACCACAAUAUUGUGGCGUUCUACGAGAAAAUAGCCUAGACUAGACUGUAGUAUUCUUAUAAGUGUAUUAAUAAACGUUUUGCCUUAUGUCCUAA